GGUUCAGCAAAUACAAGUCUUCUUCCAUAAUUUUCUCCCCACUGAACUGAAAGUCGAUUCCUCCUUCACUUCUGCCUUUUCUCGCUUCUUCCAGUUCUUCCACCUCCGGUAUGCAAUGGAUCAAAAUCAGAGAACGCCCAGGCCUUAUCAGUUCCAUCCUGCCAGAACUGCCAUUAUCGAUCUCUUCAACCUCUACUUAGGGAGAAGUUCUCGCCAGAAGUCGGAAGAGCCGAUACGAGAACCCCCGAACAAAACACAGAAGCGGGUCACUGCUCUUAACAGAGAUCUUCCUCCAAGGAAUGAACAGUUUAUCUUGGACUUUGAGCAACUUCAGGGCCAGUUUCCUGACCAGGAGCAAUUGCGUGCUGUUACAGAAUCUGUCCUGAUUUCUUUGGUUGUGCAAUGUAGCAGUCAUGCACCACGGGCAGAAUUUAUUCUCUUUGCCUUAAGAAACUUGUGCAGCAUAGGUUAUGUAAACUGGGACUCGUUUUUGCCUUCUCUACUUUCUUCAGUAUCCACUGCAGAGGCUUCAAUUGGACAAGGUCAAACCAUGAAUUCUGUCUCAUCUACAUCACAGUCCGCAAUGGUGGCAUCAUCAAGUACAAUUCCUAAUUCUUCUAAUUUCCAGCCUUCGAACCCUGCUUCUCCUAUGCCUUCCAUUAAUGCCAUUGGAUCUCCAGCCCAGUCUGCAACAGAGCCUUCAUCUUUUACAACUCUGUCACCAGUUAAGUCAUCCGAUGUUUCCUGCACCGGGCAGCAGAACAUUUCAAGAUCCAAUCCUUCAGUGAGAGAUAAUGUUAUCAGCUGUCUACGUCAACUGUCCUGUAAGAUUAUUUUAGCUGGGCUUGAGUCCAAUUUGAAACCAGUUACCCAUGCUCAGAUUUUCUCCCACAUGCUGAAUUGGUUAGCUAAUUGGGAUCAGAGACAACAGGGGGUCAAUGAAUGUGAUGGGGCAAAGGCCUGGAAACCUGAUAGGGUUCUUACCGAGUGGCUGCACAGUUGCUUGGAUGUAAUUUGGCUCUUGGUUGAGGAAGAUAAGUGCCGUGUGCCCUUUUAUGAAUUACUUCGUAGUAAUUUUCAGUUUAUAGAGAAUAUCCCGGAUGAUGAAGCCUUAUUUACACUUAUUCUGGAGAUCCAUAGGAGGCGGGAUAUGGUGGCUAUGCACAUGCAAAUGCUAGAUCAACAUCUCCAUUGUCCAACAUUUGGAACUCAUAGGUACCUGUCUCAAGCAUAUCAAAGUGUUUCUGGUGAAUCAGUAGCAAACAUGCGGUGCUUGCCAAUUACAUAUCCUAGUGUACUAGGAGAACCACUGCAUGGGGAGGAUCUUGCUACUUCUAUUCAAAGAGGAAGUUUGGACUGGGAAAGAGCUGUGCGUUGUUUAAGACAUGCUCUUCAUAGUACUCCAUCACCUGAUUGGUGGAGGCGUGUUGUUCAUGUAGCGCCUUCUUAUAGGCCACAGGCUCAACAAGGACUAACUCCUAGUGCUGUCUUCUCUGCUGAAAUGAUCUGUGAGGCAACAAUUGAUAGAAUAAUGGAGCUAUUGAAGUUAACACACUCAGAGGCACAUUGCUGGCAGGAGUGGGUGACAUUUUCGGAUUUGUUUUUCUAUCUCAUGAAGAAUGGGUGUAUUGAUUUUGUUGAUUUCAUUGACAAGCUUUCAUCUCGAAUUACAAAGGCUGAUCUACAGACUCUUCGCACCAAUCAUGUGACUUGGCUGCUAGCACAGAUCAUUCGAAUUGAGAUUGUGACAAAUGUUUUAAAUAAUGAUCCCAGGAAGGUGGAGGUUACUAGAAAGAUUCUUUCGUUUCAUAAAGAGGACAGAAGUUCUGAUCCAAAUAAUGUUAAUCCUCAAUGUAUCCUUCUUGACUUUAUAAGCAGUAGUCAAACUUUGCGCAUUUGGUCAUACAACACCUCAAUUAGAGAAUAUUUGAAUCACGAGCAACUUACAAAGGGAAAACAGAUAGAUGAAUGGUGGAAACAAGUAACGAAAGGAGAGCGUAUGUUGGAUUAUAUGAAUUUGGAUGACAGAUCAAUUGGAAUGUUUUGGGUUCUUUCACAUACCAUGGCACAAGCUGCUUCUGAAGCAGUGUUGAAUUGGUUAACCUCUGCUGGAGUUACAGAGUUAAUACCAGGAUCAAAUGUACCUUCUGGUGAGAGAGUAAUGGCAAUGAGAGAAUCAAGCCCAUUGCCAAUGUCACUAUUGUCUGGCAUUUCUAUCAAUGUGUGCUUGAAGUUGACUCAUCAAAUUGAGGAGUCCUUAUUUUUUGGCCAGGUUGUUCCUAGCAUUUCAAUGGUUGAAACAUAUGUGAGGUUGCUGCUGAUUGCACCUCAUUCAUGUUUUCGCCCGCACUUCACGAAUUUGGCACAAAGGAAUCCAUCCAUAUUAAACAAGCCUGGGGUGUCGCUGCUCCUGCUGGAAAUACUGAACUACCGUUUACUUCCACUUUACAGGUACCAUGGAAAAAGCAAAACACUGAUGUAUGAUGUUACAAAAUUAAUUUCUAUGCUGAAGUCAAAGCGUGGAGAUCAUCGCCUAUUCAGAUUGGCUGAAAAUUUAUGCAUGAAUCUUAUUUUGUCAUUGCGGGAUUUUUUCUUGGUGAAAAAGGAUUUGAAGGGCCCAAGUGAAUUUACAGAAACGUUGAAUAGGGUAACCAUAAUAAAUCUUGCCAUUACCGUUAAGACUCGUGGUAUUGCUGAGGUUGAGCACAUGGUUUUCUUUCAACCCGUUUUGGAUCAAAUAAUGGGAGCUAGUCAACACAUGUGGUCAGAAAAGACUUUACGCUUUUUUCCUCCUCUUCUACGUGAUGCCUUAAUGGGUCGGAUGGAUAAAAGAGGCCAGACAAUUCAAACAUGGCAACAGGCAGAACAAACUGUUCUCAACCAGUGUAAACAGCUUCUUUCACCAUCAGCAGCAGAUUCUUAUCUUAUGACUUAUGUCAAUCAUAGUUUUCCUCAGCAUCGACAGUAUCUAUGUGCUGGUGCUUGGAUUCUUAUGUUUGGACAUCCUGAAAACAUUAAUAGUGCAAAUCUGGGCCGUGUCCUCAGAGAAUUUUCACCAGAGGAAGUGACAGCAAAUAUUUACACAUUGGUAGAUGUUCUUCUUCACCAUAUUCACAAGGAACUGCAGAUUGGACAUCUUUUACAGGACCUUCUCUUGAAAACAACAACAAAUCUUUCAUUUCUUAUUUUUACCCAUGAGUUGAUUCCUUUGGAUAUUUUGCUUCUGGCACUCAUUGACCGUGAUGAUGAUCCUCAUGCUUUGCGCAUUGUGAUAAGUCUACUUGAUAGGCAAGAGCUUCAACAAAGAGUUAAAAUGUUCUGUAUGAAUCGUGGGCUUCCUGAACAUUGGCAUCAUUCUGGGAUUUUUAAACGUGUUGAGCUGCAAAAAGCUUUGGGCAAUCAUUUGUCUUGGAAGGACCGGUACCCAACCUUCUUUGAUGACAUUGCUGCACGUUUGCUUCCAGUUAUUCCCUUAAUUAUUUACAGACUAAUUGAAAAUGAUGCUACAGAUACAGCUGAUAGAGUUCUAGCAAUAUACUCAACACUUCUAGCUUACCAUCCGUUAAGGUUUACAUUUGUUCGUGAUAUCCUUGCAUACUUCUAUAGUCAUUUGCCGAACAAGCUUAUUGUAAGAAUAUUGCAUGUACUUGAUCUAUCCAAGAUCCCCUUCUCUGAGUCAUUUCCUCAGCAUAUUAGUUCAUCAAAUCCUGUUUUGUGCCCACCUCUUGACUAUUUUGCAACACUGUUAAUGGGUAUUGUGAACAAUGUUAUACCUCCUUUAACUAGUAAAUCCAGAUCUGGAUCAUUAGGAGAUGCUUCAAAUAAUUCUAGCCGUGUUCCACAAAACAAGCCACUUGCAUCAUCUCAAUCUGGUCCAACAAAUGCGUCUGAGGGCCAGAAGGCAUUCUAUCAGAAUCAGGAUCCUGGCACAUACACCCAGCUUGUUCUUGAAACAGCAGCUAUUGAAAUCCUCUCACUUCCAGGACCAGCUUCACAGAUAGUAUCAUCACUGCUUCAAAUAAUCAUGCAUGUUCAACCAACGUUAAUUCAAUCCAGCAAUUGUCUUCAAGGAUCAUCAAGUGGAGUUGGGCAAAGUUCUGUUCUUCCAACUUCGCCCUCAGGUGGAAGCACAGAUUCCCUGAGCACAAGCAGAUCAGCUACCACAGCAUCAGGAUUAAAUUAUUCCAAUUUUGUUUCAAAAAGUGGCUAUACAUGCCAACAAUUAUCAUGCUUAUUAAUCCAAGCUUGUGGUCUUCUAUUGGCUCAGCUACCUCCAGACUUUCAUAAUCAACUUUAUUUAGAGUCAGCACGUAUAAUUAAAGAGUCUUGGUGGCUUACCGAUGGGAAAAGACCACUUCGAGAACUCGAUUCCGCUGUUGGCUAUGCUUUACUUGAUCCAACAUGGGCUGCUCAAGACAGCACCUCAACAGCUAUAGGUAAUAUAGUUGCACUUCUCCAUGCUUUCUUCAGUAACCUUCCACUGGAGUGGCUGGAAGGGACACAUGCAAUCAUUAAGAACCUUAGACCACUAACAUCUGUUGCAAUGUUGAGAAUUGUGUUCCGCAUAAUGGGUCCACUGCUCCCAAGACUUUCCUGUGCUAAACAACCCUUCGUGAAGACCUUAGCUCUGUUAUUCCAUGCAAUGGCGGAUGUAUUUGGGAAGAACACACAACCAUCCACUCCUACCGAAGCAUCAGAAAUAGCAGAUCUUAUCGACUUCCUCCAUCAUGCUGUCCUAUAUGAAGGGCAGGGAGGACCAGUACAGAGUAACAGUAAGCCUAAAGUAGAUAUCUUGACUCUCUGUGGAAAAACAAUGGAGGCCUUACGACCAGAUUUGCAGCAUCUUCUUUCCCACUUAAAAACUGAUCCCAACUCUUCCAUUUAUGCAGCAACUCAUCCAAAGUUAGCCCAGAAUCUGUCAUAAUGGUUCUGAGCCUUGUAAAGUUUGUAUCAUUUUGAUUAUCCUUCAUUUUGUAUAUGUGGUAAGGCCAUGAUAUGAUUUUUAUCAUCUACCGUUAGUCAAGAUUGCAUGUGAACAGUGGUCGUACUUCAAUAUUCAUCAAAAGAAAAUAUUCAGCUCAGAUGUUUACACAACCCUCAGCCAAGCAAGAGAGGGGUGAAAAGCUUUUCCUCGAGUGGCACGCAGCAUGCAUCUUAUUUAUAUACCCUUGGUAGACUCUUGUUCUGUCUACCGACUCUACCCCAUGAUACGGCUAAUACAGUGUUUUUAUGUACUUGCGAGUUACAACUUUGUUCUUCUGUAACUUUCUGUUUUUGGCAAUGACUUCUGUAACUUUUAAUGUAAGAAAAUUUAGGAAAUACAUAAAUGUAGUGGAUAAUUUACUAAUGCUUUACUUUUGUAACAUCUUGUAAGAAAA